AUGUUAAAGAAUAUAACAUUAAUACUGUUAUUAUUAUUAUGUACUAGUACAACAACAGAAGCACAAAAGUAUCAGAAUGUCAAUGCCAACAGCGGAGAAGCAAUCAACAAGAAUGUAGAGCAUUUCUUUAGAGGUCAACAUACCAACAAUUGGGCGGUACUAGUAUGUACCUCUCGGUUUUGGUUCAACUAUAGACACAUUGCAAAUGUAUUGGGGUUCUAUCGUACUGUUAAACGUUUAGGUAUCCCCGAUUCUCAAAUUAUAUUAAUGCUUGCAGAUGAUAUGGCAUGUAAUCCAAGAAACUCAUAUGCAGGUAGUAUCUUUAACAAUGAAAAUCAUAGAUUGAAUCUGUAUGGUGAUAACAUUGAAGUAGAUUAUCGUGGUUAUGAAGUAAACGUAGAAAACUUUAUUCGUGUACUCACAGGUAGACAUGAACCUGAAGUUGCUCGUUCAAAGAGACUAUUGACAGAUGAAAAGAGUAAUAUAUUGAUCUUUCUAACUGGUCAUGGAGGUGAUGAAUUUUUAAAGUUCCAAGAUAAUGAAGAAAUUUCAAGUUAUGAUUUAUCAGAUGCAUUCAAACAAAUGUGGGAAAAGAAGAGAUACAAUGAAAUCUUGUUUAUGGUAGAUACAUGUCAAGCCAAUACUCUAUACAAAAGAUUUGAUUCUCCAAAUAUUCUAGCAAUUGGAAGUAGUAGACAAGGUGAAAACUCUUAUUCUCAUCAUUCAGAUCAAGAAUUGGGAUUAGCUGUUAUAGAUAGAUUUACAUAUUAUACAUUGGAUUAUUUUGAAAAUGUUGAUCCUCAUAAUGUUACAUUGUUACAAUUAUUCUCUAGUUAUUCUCCGCAGAAAUUAAACUCACAUUCUGAAUAUCGUUUUGAUCUAUUCAAGCGAAAGUUGGAUCAAGUUCCAGUAACUGAUUUCUUUGGAUCUGUCAUGAGAGCAGACAUUACGCCACCAAUUCCAGAUGCAUCUGUCGUACCCCCAACCAAGAAUGAAAACAACAAUGAAUUAACUUUUGUUAUUUCUGAAAAACCAAUAACAAUUGAUACAAAGGAAACUGGAUCAAAUCUUUUACCAAUGUUUAAUAAUAACUUUUUAACUGCAUUUAUUGCCUUUUUUGUAUUCUUUUUAAUACUUUCAUUCACAACGACACCUGCAUCUCCAAAAAAAUAA